GCUGCACAACUCCAAGCUAGAACCUACACGGAGAGAACUUUCUAAGAACUUUGCAAGAAAUUAUAAAAGUAAUAUUCUGUUUAAAAAGCCAGGGAUUAUAUUUCCGUGUGAAGAGAUCCCAAAGAAAAACAGCUAUAAAACAUCUGCAGGAUACCAACACUGAGCUCUUUGUCUUCUACCAUGAGUUCUGUGAGAGUUUCCCCAAUGAAAGCCUGUGAUGGCAGUAGUGAAAAAAUAGUAAUAAAGGUCGGUGGGGUUAAAUAUGAGACCCACACAAGCACCCUAAUGGCGCUUCCAGGGUCCCGUCUUGCCAAUCUGGUGGACACUAACAAGCCUCCCUCAGAGCUAUUUUUUGAUCGCAACCCUGAAGUCUUCGGCCAUGUGCUGCAGUACUACAGAAGCGGGAAGCUGCACUGCCCCACCAACUUUUGUGGGCUACUGCUGGAGGAGGAGUUCGCUUUCUGGGGUGUUAGUGGCACAGAUGUGGAGCCCUGCUGCUGGGCGACAUUUCGACAGAACAAAGAAACUGUAGAGGCUUUGGCUCAGAUUGAACCUUCAGUGAUGGAGAAAGAGGAGGGACCAGGUCAAAACCACCAAUCCAGAAACUCCAGAGCUUGGAUGCAGAAGAUAUGGGCUCUCUUUGACAAUCCAUAUUCAUCCUUCACCGCCAAAGUCAUUGCGAUCAUAUCUCUGUUCUUCAUCCUGCUCUCUUUCACCGCAUUCUCUCUGCAAACAGAACCCAAUAGAUAUCUUUCCCCCUUUUAUAUUUUACGGACAGGCAACUCAACUGGAAAGUGUAUGGGGACCCCUCUUGUAGAUUCUCUGGACGUGGUGGAGUUAGUGUGUUCGGUGUGGUUUGUGUUUGAGUUUGUGAUGCGUGUAGUCAGCUGUCCAAGCAAACCACGCUUCUUCAUGAACGUUAUGAACAUCGUCGACCUGCUGGCCCUGUUCCCGUGGUUCUCGCGGUGCUGCUCCAGUAUGUACUGCUGGAAGGCGAUGAGCUUUCUGCAUGUAAUGCGAUGCAUACGUGUCUUUCGCAUCUUCAAGCUGAUGCAGCAUGUGUUCGGCGUGAGAGUGCUCAACCACGCACUUCGCGCCAGUGCAACAUCUCUCUGCACGCUGCCUCUUGUCUUCUUAAUCUGCACGCUCAUCUUUGGUACCAUGUUUUUUUUAACAGAAUUUGAAAAUGAAAAUGCGUACUUCAGUGAUAUUUCCUCUUGUUUUUGGUGGGCAGUGGUGACUCUGACCACUGUGGGUUAUGGAGACGUGCUUCCUAUAUCAGGGCCAGGGAAGUUGGUAGGCUCUCUCUGUGCAAUGGUUGGGGUUCUGCUCAUCAUCCUGCCUCUACCCAUAAUCAUCAACAACUUCAUCAAGUUCAGCUCCCUGCUCAAGACAAAGUACUCAAUGCCCAGAACGAAGGAGAAGCAUAUUGUAGAUACAGCCCCCUCAUCCUCUGCUUAGAGCUGCUAAAACUAAAGUAAAAACAGCAGGUAUCAAGGAAACAAUCAAGUUAUAUUCUAGGCCUAUGAUAUAUGUGACCCUAGAACACCAAACCAGUUUUAAGUUGCUGGGAUAUAUUUUUAUCAAUGGCAUUUUUUAUGCCAGAAAUCAUGUUCUAUGAAGAUAUUUUGUAAAUUCCCUACUGUUAAUAUAUAAAAAUUUCAUUUUUGAUUAGUAAUAUGCAUUGCUAAGAAUUCAUCUAAACAACUUUAAAGAUGUUUUUUUCAGUAUUUAGGUUUUCUUGCACCCUCAGAUUCCAGAUUUUCGAAUAGUUGUAUCUCAGCCAAAUAUUGUCUGAUCCUAACAAGCCAUACAUCAAUGGAAAGCUUAUCUAUUAAUCUUAAUUAAUAUUAUCUAUCUAUUAUCACAGUCAGUUUUGAAAAAUUGACACUUAAGAUUAGUUUUGUGGUCACAUUUAUGUCUUUGACUGCAUUUUGUGUGUCUCUUACAGUCUUAAACUGGAGGAAAAACACGUCAUUUAGAUUUUUUGGUUUAAAAGUUCAUUUUGAUCAACGUAACCAUAGUGUUAAAAUACAAUCAAAACACCAGAUAGAAAUUUUUUAGGGGUCAGGGAAAAUUCAAACAAUUCUGGCUUGAUGCACAAAACCAUAUUCAGUUAUUAAGAAUUGUGGGAUUCCUCUGCAACCCACUGUUUGGUUCUGAGUGGGGUUUUCACUGAGCUGAAACCAAAUUUGAUUGUAAGGUAUCUAAAUUCCCUAUGAUCUAAAAUCCCUUAUUUUUAGUAAUAUUUAAAUAUUAACUGGAUUUGUAACCAUUAUUAACCCUAAACAUAUAAUCUGAAUAUUCACUGCAUUACAGUGAAAAUUUACACAAAUAUAAUCACACUGCAUCACUGUGUAAUCACAUGUUUUAGGAUUAGUGAUUUAUAACAAAAAAGCGUGAAAGAUUUGAUCCAGAUGCAGCUGUUUGGAUGAAUGAAUUUUCAAUGAGAACCUGACAUUUUGGCACCACAUUUGAACGGUUGUUUUUUAUACUCUAGACUUUUUUGUAUUUGAAUAUGUAUCUUUCAUACAAGAUCUGUUGCAGUUUAUACCUUGUUGGUGUUUUUGCAUGUGUACACUAAAUUGUAUUGUGUGUUUGUGCUUUUAUUAAAUCCAUUUCAACUUUU